AUGAGUUUGAAAGGGAUUCUAGGUUUCGAAUACGGAAUAGUUCAGGCGCCGCUAGGACUAGAUAUCUCUGGUCCAGAGCUCGUAGCCGCCAUCACUAAUGUCGGAGGGAUCGGUCUUGUCAGAUGUCCUGAUUGGGACAGUCCUGAUUACCCGAGAGAGAUGAUAAGGAAGACGAAGAGAUUGACAGACAAACCAUUUGGGAUCGGCGUUGUUCUUGCAUUUCCUCAUGAGGUGAACAUAAAGGCCAUCUUAGAAGAGAAGUUAAAUUUAAAGGUGGGGAACGUAGAAGAAGCUAGAAAGGUCGUUGCUGUAGGAGUAGACGUAAUUAUUGUCCAAGGGCAUGUAGUAAGAGGGCAUGUAAUUGGGAAGGAUGCUCUGUUUUCAUUGUUGCCAAGAGUUGUUGAUAUGGUUGGGGAAUGUGAUAUUCCGGUUAUCGCCGCUGAAAAAAUCAUGGAUGGGCACGGUUAUAUCGCAGCCUUGUCACUUGGUGCUCAAGGUGACUGUCUAGGCACAAGGUUUGUGGCGACUCAUGAGAGCUAUGCACACCCAAUAUACAGGAGGAGGUUAAUUGAGUAUGAGAAGACAAAGUACACAGAUAUCUUUGGAUGA